AUGGCAGCGGCGCAAGACGUCCGACUGGUGGACUGGGGGCACUUGGCGAAGGAGCGCCGACAGUACCCGCCUUUGCCUGUGCCAAGAAAGCGUCUCGAGACCGACAUCGCGCCCUUAAUUGCGCCCCCCCACGACCCCCCCACCCCGAUCGAAACGAAAAUUGAGGAUCCCGAGUGCACCUUUCAACCGCAGCGCAUUGCCAAGAUGGAUGCGUGGGUGACGUCCAAGUACCUAAACCCACGGGUGCCCCCCCGGCCCCGCGCCGAGCCCGUCUUGUCGUUCACACCCGCCAUCAACCGGAACGUGCCCAUUCAUGCGAGCGAGCCCAACGUCUACAACCGGCUGUAUGCCGAUCGUGUCCCUCGCCCAGCAAACGACACGUCCCCGGUCGUCCAUUCGUCCAAGCUCUCGAAAGCUGCGAUUGAUGCGUGCAUCGCGCGCCAGCACGAAUACCUCGUCGAGACUCAACGCCGCCAGCGCGCGCUGCAAGACGCGACCGUGUACCCGUUCCGGCCCCACAUCAACCCGCGUUCGCAGCGGCUGGCCGCGCGAUCGAGCUCCAUGAGCGAGACGCUAAAUCAUGCUCAGCGCCGGCGCGAGUCCAAGCUCCGUAUGCUCUUGGCGCCACAGGAGCCGCGCUCGACCGUCACCGUCGUUAAUGCCGUCGCCCAAGCCAAAGCGACGGUGCGCCUCAGUCGGCCCAAGGACGCGUAUUACGUGCCCGAUUUUGAGACCGACACGAGCGUCUCUGGCAGCAGCACCUCGGCCCACGCCGCCGCGUUACUCUACGAGAAGCUCCAGGAGCAGCACGCGGUCCAGCGCCACGUCAGUUUACGGCAGCACGUCGACGCGAUUCUCGACGACUAUGCCAGGGCAUCGUAG